AUGACAACAUCGAGUGAUGCUUAUUGGAAUAUGGUAUCGUGUGCUGGUCCAGUAGCAAUUUCCGAUAGGUUUCCAAUAGAUUUCGACGAGUAUUUAUUUGCGGACAAAAUUCAUUCGGAGGAAAUUUUCAUGGGCAAUAGUUUCACCUCAUCAUCAUCUCAAAACGACCAGUUUAUUUUACAAGCAUCUUCAAAUGAUACUUACCCAUCAGAAAAUUGCCACGUCAAUUUAGUUUGUAGUGUUUGUAGUGCACCUGCCCAUGGUUAUAAUUUCGAUCAGAUCACUUGUGAAUCAUGCAAAGCAUUUUUUCGUCGAAAUGCUUUGAGAAAUAUGGCUAACUUCAAAUGUCGAUAUUCAGGAAAUUGUGUGAUAAAUGUGCAUACACGUCGUCAAUGCACAUAUUGUCGACUGAAGAAGUGUUUCGAUAUAAAUAUGCGUAAAGAUUGGAUACGCACUGAAGAAGAACGCACUUUACGUUUGUUGAAGAAUUAUCAUAAAGAACAAAGAAAACUGAACAAAUUACCACUAGAUCACCGUUCGUUAGACGCCAUUCCCAUCGUGGCUCGGAAGAAAAAACGGAUUCAACCGCUUUUAUCCAAGUACAAAUCACAAGAUGCUACUCCGUGCAAAAUUGAACUUAGUUUCCAGACGAAUAUAUUUGCAAUUCAUCGCCACUUAGCGUUGGAAAAUCAAAUUUUGAUUAACAAUGUCAUAAAUACUCAUAAACUUGGCGUUGAGCGAGCUAAUUGUUCACACAUCGCCAAGUACUCCUCAUCGGCAUCAUUAACACAAUUUCUCAACGAUGAAAACGUCAAUCACGAAUCCUUAAUCUAUUUUUAUAAACUCAUCCCCGAAUUCAAACAAUUCGAUCUCAACGAUCAGAUUCUGUUGGUGAAAUGUAACCUAAAGAACAUCAUACAUUUACAUUUGAUUCUUGUGGAAAAUUUCCGAGAGAAUCCUCACAUUGGGGAACAUAUGUCUAAAUGGAUUACGAAAGAUUUCCAUCGUCAAAUGUCCCAGACACGAACACGAUUUGAUCGUUUCAUGGCUUAUCCACAAGUCUUGAAACUCACGUUGGUUGCCUUCAUAUUCAGCACGAAUCUAUCGGCACCACGUGAUAGUAGGCAAGAUAUCGACUUUCGUAAUCGACGGAGAUUAUUUGAAAUUCAAAAUUUCUAUGUAUCAUUGCUCUGGCGAUAUUUAUUAUAUUUAUUCGACGAACAAGAAGCACAGCGAUCAAUGAGCCUUAUAGUCAUGCAGAUUUUACGUUACCAAUUGCUAAUGGAUACAAUGGACAAUGCUCUACAGAAAUAUGGACAAGAAGAUUUGUCGAAUCCGCUAAUGAGAUCAGUAUUUAGAUUGACAUGA